AUGAUUGAAAAUAAUUUACUAUACAUACCAUUAAAACAAGCUAGCCCGAUAAAUUUAGGAGAGAAACUAGGUCAAGUAAUAGAUGAUAAGUACUUUCAACCUUCAAAUUUAUUUUCAAAAGAUUUAAUUGAUUUGACAAACAUAAGAAAUGAAAUAGCAAAACUCAAAAAUAUUGAAAUAUCAAACAAAGAAAUUGAUUUGUUAUAUAAUUAUUUAACUAUUUUAUCAGAUUUUCUUGAAAAAAAGUUCCCCGAUGAUGCAAUAGAAUUUGGCUGGUCAGAUUUAUUAACUCAUCAAUUAUCAACGCAUAAAUUACGAUCAUUCAAGUUUGAGAAAUUAAAUAAUAUAUUUCAAUUAGGUGCCAUUUAUUCACAAUUAGCAUUGAAAGAACUGAGACAUACCGAUGAGGGUCUUAAGAAAAGUUGCAAUUUAUUUCAAUUAUCCUCUGGUUGUUUUCAAUACAUUUCAAAUUUAGUUGACAAAUAUAAUACUAUCCAUUUUUCAUCUGAUUUCAGAAAUGAAACUGUUUUAUCUUUAAUGAAUUUGAUGCUUGCUCAAGCUCAAGAAACGAUAUGGCAAAAGGCUUUAAAUAACACGACAAUAAAGGAUUCUGUAAUUGCUAGACUAUCUUUAUCCGUUUCUGAAUAUUAUUCAAAAACUGUUGAGUUUGGAAAAUUAUCUGAUUUUAUUAAAUUGGAAUGGUUGAAUCAUAUGGAUGUCAAAAAAUUUCAUUUCUUAGCUGCUUCUCAUUUUAGAUUAAGUAAUGUUGCUUUAGAUUCAGCUGAAUAUGGUGUACAGGUUGCACAUUUAAGAUUAGCUUCCAAAUUUGUUGAUCUAGCUUUUAAACAUAAAAAAUAUGUAAGUCAAUUUGUAAUUGAAGAUUUGAAUGGAUUAAGUGAAGUAGUCAAAACAAAAUUAAGGACAGCAGAGAAAGAUAAUGAUUUAAUAUAUUUGAAAAUUGUGCCUAAUGAAGUAGAUUUAAAAAAGAUAGAAGGUGCAUCAAUGGUUAAACCUAUAUAUUCAGAUAAAUUCAAUAAUGAACCAUCCAAAGAGUAUUUUAAAGAAUUGAUACCUUAUGUUAUUGUCAAUGUUGCACAAGCAAUGAGAGAAAGACAGGAUGAUUUUAUAAAUUCUAGAUUUCAUGAACCUAUAAUUAGUUUAAAUAAUAUGUUGAAUCAAUUUGUAACUGAAAGAGGAUUACCCGCAUCUAUAGAUUCAAUACAACAACCUGAAAAUAUACCAGAAUCAAUCAUAAAUCAUUCAAAAGAGAUUUUGAAUCUAGGUGGAAUUGAAUUGAUUGAAAAGAUCAUAUUGGAAAAUCAAAAUUUAUCAAUUGAAUGUAAUAAUUUAGUUGAAGAGUGUAAUAAACGAAUUCAAUUAGACUCUAACGAGGAUGAUAUGUUAAGGAAAAGACAAGGUACUGCAAGAUGGAAUAGACCAAGUACAGCAGAAGCUGCAAAAGAAUUAAUUUUUAAAAUUGAAAAAAUGUAUGAAUAUUUAGAUCAAGCUAAACUGGGAGAUUCAAUAAUAAAUCAAAAAUUUUAUAAUAUUAAAUCUGCAUUGGAAGUAUAUGUAGGUGGACAAAAAUCUUUAAACUCAUACAUUCCAAAUUCUACAUAUUCAAGUUUAGAUCCAGAAGUAUUAAAAAAGAUAAAUUAUCUCAGAGACUUAUUGUCACAAAUAACUACACUUGAAGAAGAACGUAAAACAUUUUUGAAUUCAUUAGAGAUAAAAAGUAGAGAUAAUAAUAUACUACCGAAAUUAAUUGAAAAAUAUAAAGCCAAUCCAAAGGAAAUUAAUGAUUUGGAUGCCAAUAAUAUCUCCAUAUUUGAAGAAAUUUAUGUUAAUCAUUUAAAAUCAUUCAACAUUGAUAUUGACUAUUUAAAUAAAUCAAAAGAAACACAAAUUGAGUUAGAAAAUAAUAUCAACCUUGCAAAUAAUGAAUUCAUAAAAUCGUAUCAAGCUACAAAAGAUUCAACUACUAUUGAACGAGAAAAUUCUUUACAAACUUUAGAAAUCGCAUAUAAUCAAUAUUUAGAAAUAAUUUCAAAUUUAAAUGAAGGCUCCAAAUUUUAUCAUGACUUUUUAACUAAAGGUAAUAAUGUAUUAAAAGAUUGUGAAGAUUAUUUAUAUAAAAGAAGAUUAGAAAGUAGAGAUUUGGAAAUAUCAUUAAAUACACCACCAACACCAUCCCAAUCUAAUGAAGCAGGGAAAAUAGUAUCUCCCAAAAGUAGUAAACCAAUCGGUGGUGUAUGGAAUCCUGAUGCUGGAAUUAAAUUUGGUUAA